AUGGAUUUCACCCCUCCGGCCGGGUUGGAUCUGACCGAAUCCAAGCGUCCCGAGCUCUAUGGAGCCUACUCCACCACCUAUGGCCUGGCCCUCGGGGCCUUUGGCCUCCGCAUGGUGUCGCGCAUGCUGAUCUCCAAAGUGGGUCUGUGGUGGGAUGAUUAUCUGGUUUGCAUCGCCAUGCUCACAGCAACCGCCAACUUCGCCGUCAUGAUCGACUGGGUCAAUCACGGCGUCGGGCAGCACAUCUACCUCUACGGCAUGGCGGGCCUCCAUCACUUCCUGCUGAACCUCUUCAUCGUCGAGAUCCUGUACACCCUGUCGAUCUGCUUCACCAAGUAUUCGAUCCUGAUGUUCUACUGGCGCAUCUUCAGCAUGAGCAACAUCCGGUACCCGAUCUAUCUCAUUGCCUUUAUCGUGACGGGAUGGGGCCUGGGGGUGAUCUUCACCACCAUCUUCCAGUGUCUCCCGGUGCAUGGCUUUUGGGAUAAGACCAUCCCCUCGCACUGCGGCGUGGAUGUCAGCAACUUCUUCAUCGGCAACGCCGUCCCCAACAUCCUCACCGACUGGGCGCUCCUGACCCUCCCCCUGCCCUAUAUCUGGAAACUGCAGCGCAGUGCCUCGCAGAGAUUAGCUCUGACCGGCGUGUUUGUGUUGGGUGGAUUCAUUUGCAUCAUCUCGAUCGUGCGUCUCGUCAUCAUGCUCAAUGCAUACAAGGUCCCCUCGCUGGACGAAACGUGGGUCUUCGUCGGUCCCUCCAAAUGGACGGCGGUGGAGACCAACAUCGGGAUCGUGUCGGCCUGCCUGCCCUCGCUCCGACCGAUCAUCACCCUCAUGAAGAAGAAGGUGUCCACCACGCACGGUGCUUCCCGGGACGAGAGUCGGCCGGACAGGUACCAGCGCUACGGGAGUCUGCAUUCGAGCGGGAAGCGCGGCAAGCGCCUCGGAGAGGAGGAUGAGACGGCCCUGACGCUCACAGUCAUCUCGGUGCGCACCACGCUGGACGUGGAGUCUUCGUAUCCGGCGGAGGCUCGGUGA